AUGACCAUCUCCCUACUUCUGGAUCAAGUGGUGGCGACCAACAGCAGUCCCGACAACACCCACUCGCUGCAGUAUCUUCCUGGGGGCAUCAUGGCCGCGACGCUUGGGCCCUCCAACGGGACUGGAGCCGGCACAAGCGGCCGCGCCCGCGGGCUGCCGGGCCCUCUGGGCACCGGAUCGCGGCGUUUCGGGCUGCCGGCAAGACACACUGCUCCCAGGCGCCGGUGCGGGAGCAGGCGGAUGACGACCACCAAAGCGGCUCUUGCGGAAGGGGUGGCCCUGGCGGUCUCGCAGCAGGCGAUCGGAUUCGGAGUGCUGCUAUGGGCAGAGGGAGUCUACACAAGGACUCAACUUGCCGAGGGUGCGGGCGGACGUCCCGAGAUCCUACCACUUGGCAUAUCUACUGCCGGGCUGGUGGUGGCGACUGGGCUGCUAAACACACAAAUCGCCCUGCUGGAGGUGUUGGGCAGCAUAGCCGGCGCAACCUCCGCUGGGUUUAUUAUGGUUGUUGCCUACAACAGGUUCAACAGCGUCGGUAAUGCACACCCUCCUGGCCUCAGCCAGUCCUGA